AUUUUUUUUUAAUUCGAUUUUUGGCCACUCCUCCUAUAAAUACCAAGACACAAUCCAAAUCCUCCAUUAUUCUUUCUCCCGAUUUAACCUGAGAAGAAGAAACAUAACGCCUCCAAUAAAAAAACGAUAGAAACAUUAACAACGGAAAAUCUCACUUUUUAAUCGAUCUAACUAGAACUGAAAACAAAUAAAAUUCAAUCUCCUCUGAAAACCCUACCGAGAACGGAGCAAUCAUGUCUGAUGCAUUUUGCAGCGAUUGCAAGCGGCAGACGGAGGUGGUUUUCGAUCACUCGGCGGGGGACGCCGUCUGUUCGGAGUGUGGCCUCGUGUUGGAAUCUCACUCCAUUGAUGAGACCUCUGAGUGGCGAACAUUCGCCAACGAGUCUGGCGACAACGAUCCCGUACGUGUCGGAGGUCCUAACAACCCUCUCCUCACCGACGGCGGUCUCUCCACCGUCAUUGCCAAGCCUAACGGCGCCUCUGGUGAUUUCCUUUCCUCCUCUCUUGGCCGUUGGCAGAAUCGCGGCUCCAAUCCCGAUCGUGGCUUGAUCCUUGCUUUCAAAACAAUUGGCACCAUGUCUGAGAGGUUGGGACUGGUUGGAACCGUCAAGGAUCGGGCUAAUGAAAUAUACAAGCGGGUUGAAGAUCAGAAAUCCAGUAGGGGAAGAAAUCAGGAUGCAUUGUUGGCUGCUUGCCUCUACAUUGCUUGUCGACAGGAAGAAAUACCGCGCACUGUAAAAGAAAUUUGCUCAAUUGCCAAUGGAGCCACUAAGAAGGAAAUUGGCCGAGCAAAAGAAUACAUUGUGAAGCAACUGGGUUUGGAAAAUGGUGGUCAAAGUGUAGAAAUGGGAACAAUACAUGCUGGGGACUUCAUGAGACGAUUUUGUUCCAAUCUUGGUAUGAAUAAUCAGGCUGUUAAAGCUGCUCAGGAAUCUGUUACGAAAUCUGAAGAAUUUGAUAUAAGGAGAAGUCCCAUAUCAAUUGCUGCUGCAGUUAUAUACAUCAUUACUCAACUUUCAGAUGACAAGAAACCUCUCAAAGAUAUAUCACUUGCCACAGGAGUUGCAGAAGGAACCAUUCGGAACUCGUACAAGGAUCUUUAUCCUCAUGUUUCAAAGAUAAUACCAAAUUGGUAUGCAAAGGAGGAGGAUUUGAAGAACCUUUCUAGCCCUUGAAAGAAUACAGUUCCAUCCAAGGAGGAGGAUUUGAAGAACCUUUCUAGCCCUUGAAAGAAUACAGUUCCAUCCAUAUUAAACAACCUAGAUGUCAUUGAUGGAAACAGUUGCUUUGGAUGCAUUGAACUUUUGUAUACUUUUUUUUGUGUUUGAAAUGAAAGCGUCUAUUUAUUUA